AUGGCUACCGUUACUCCUCUUGACCAGCGUCCCCUCAAGGACACCAUCUGCCUCUUCGAUGUCGAUGGCACUUUGACCCCCGCCCGCCUGGAUGUCACCCCCGAGAUGCUCGACUUGCUCGCCCGCCUCCGUCAAAAGUGCUCCAUUGGCUUCGUCGGCGGCUCCAACCUUGCCAAGCAGCAGGAGCAGCUCGGCUCCUCCACCGUCAAGGUCACCGACCUCUUCGACUGGUGCUUCGCCGAGAACGGCUUGACCGCCAUCCGUCUCGGCAAGGACCUCCCCUCCAACAGCUUCAUCAAGUCGAUUGGCGAGGAGCCCUACAAGAAGUUUGCCAACUUCUGCCUUCACUACAUUGCCGAUCUCGACAUCCCCGUCAAGCGCGGAACCUUUAUAGACGUCCAGGAGAGGAACGAUUUCGAGGCCUACGACAAGUCUCACAAUAUCCGCCCCAAGUUUAUCGAGGUUCUCCGCGCCCAAUUCCCCGACCUUGGUCUCAACUACGCCAUUGGUGGCCAGAUCUCUUUCGACGUCUUCCCCGAGGGCUGGGACAAGACCUACUGCCUUCGCCACCUCGAGAAGGAGGCUUCCGCUCCCGGUGGAAUCACUUACAAGACCAUCCACUUCUUUGGCGACAAGACUUCCAAGGGCGGCAAUGACUACGAGCUCUACGAGGAUCCCCGCACCAUUGGCCACUCCGUCACCGGCCCUGAUGUCACCACCAAGAUUCUCAAGGAGCUUUUCGACUUGUAA